ACCCCCUCCUAGCUAACCGCGCUCAUCACUCCAGCGUUGCCUCCCCUGCACCGCACCGGCCGGUCAAACCAUGGACGUGCCGCUCCCGCUGCUGCUCGGCACCGUGGCCGUCGCCGCCGCAGCAGCCUGGUACCUCCUGCUCCGCCGCGGCGGGGGAGGGGGGAAGCGCCCGCUGCCGCCCGGGCCGCGGGGGUGGCCAGUGCUGGGCAACCUGCCGCAGCUGGGCGCCAAGCCCCACCACACCAUGGCCGCGAUGGCGCGGGAGCACGGCCCGCUGUUCCGGCUCCGGUUCGGCAGCGCCGAGGUGGUGGUGGCGGCGUCGGCGGCGGUGGCGGCGCAGUUCCUCCGCGCCCACGACGCCAACUUCAGCAACCGGCCGCCCAACUCCGGCGCCGAGCACGUCGCGUACAACUACCAGGACCUCGUCUUCGCGCCCUACGGCGCCCGGUGGCGCGCGCUGCGGAAGCUCUGCGCGCUCCACCUCUUCUCCGCCAGAGCGCUCGACGACCUCCGCGCCGUCAGGGAGGGCGAGGUCGCGCUCAUGGUCAGGGAGCUCGCGCGGCAGCGAGGACCGGCGGUGGCGCUGGGGCAGGCGGCCAACGUGUGCGCGACCAACACGCUGGCCCGGGCGACGGUGGGGCGGCGGGUGUUCGCCGUGGACGGGGGCGAGGGCGCCAGGGAGUUCAAGGAGAUGGUGGUCGAGCUGAUGCAGCUCGCCGGCGUCUUCAACGUCGGGGACUUCGUUCCCGCGCUGGCGUGGCUGGACCCGCAGGGCGUCGUCGGCAGGAUGAAGCGCCUGCACCGCCGCUACGACGACAUGAUGGACCGGAUCAUCAGGGAGAGGGAGGCCGCCGGCGGAGACGGCAACGACCUGCUCGGCGUCCUGCUGACCAGGAUGCGGGAGCACCGGCCGCUCGCCGACGGCGAGGACGGCACCAUCAACGAGACCGACAUCAAAGCGCUUCUCCUCAACCUGUUCACAGCCGGGACGGACACGACGUCCAGCACGGUGGAGUGGGCGCUGGCGGAGCUGAUCCGUCACCCGGACGUCCUCGCCAAGGCCCAGCAGGAGCUCGACGCCGUCGUCGGCCGCGGCCGCCUCGUCUCCGAGUCCGACCUCCCGCGCCUCACGUACCUGACGGCGGUCAUCAAGGAGACCUUCCGGCUCCACCCCUCGACGCCGCUGUCGCUGCCGCGCGUGGCCGCCGAGGACUGCGAGGUGGGCGGGUACCUCGUCCCCGCCGGCACCACGCUGCUGGUGAACGUGUGGGCGAUCGCCCGGGACCCGGACGCGUGGCCGGAGCCCCUGGAGUUCAGGCCGGACCGGUUCCUCUCGGGCGGGCCGCACGCCGGCGUGGACGUGAAGGGCAGCGACUUCGAGCUCAUCCCGUUCGGCGCCGGGAGGAGGAUCUGCGCGGGGCUCAGCUGGGGCCUGCGGAUGGUGACGCUCAUGACCGCCGCGCUGGUGCACGGGCUGGACUGGCACCUCGCCGGCGGCGUGGACGCGGACAAGCUGGACAUGGAGGAGGCGUACGGGCUCACCCUGCAGCGCGCCGUGCCGCUGAUGGUCAGGCCGGAGCCCAGGCUGCUGCCGUCUGCCUACGCAUCAGUGGAGUGAUGAACGAAGCGCAUGAAAAAAACCGCAACAAUAGUUGUUGAAUAAAUGAAUCGUGUGCACCUCUAGAUGAUGCUUUGUUUGGGAUGACGGGCGUGGCGUGCAUUGCCGGGGUCCGGAGGUUAUGGCCCCGGUUAGUUUGUAAUUCGUGUGCUUUAUUUACAUAUGCAACGAGACAAAAUGCUGCUGUAUGUGAUGUGUGCAGGUGUAAAUGAUCACACAACAGAUUCAGUGGCUGAACGGUCAGCACGUACUUUUAUUA